GAUCUGUUCAGUAUCAAGUUCUUCUAGACAGCAUAACUAGACCCACAAUGUGGCUGGUUUGGGUGGUGAUAAUCCAACAAGCAGUGAUCUCAGAAAAAUCUAUCAAUGGAAGAGAUUUGAAUCCUGAACUUUUGAUGAACAUUAGUGAAAUAAUUCAAUAUUGGGGAUACCCUAGUGAAGAGCAUGAAAUCAUGACAAGUGAUGGCUAUUAUCUCAAAGCAAACAGAAUUCCUAAUGGAAUACGCAGCAGUGAAAAAACAGAUGCUGGCUAUGAUGUUUGGAUAAUAAAUAACAGAGGGACUACCUGGUCUAGAAGACACCAGAACCUAACAAUUGACCAAGAGGAAUUUUGGGAUUUCAGUUUUGAUGAAAUGGCCAGAUAUGACCUCCCAGCCAUGAUUUCUUUUAUUGUGAAAAAAACGAGAAAUUCCAAGAUACAUUUAGUGGGCUACUCUCAAGGUGCCACUCAAGGUUUGAUUGCACUUUCAUCUGUGCCAUAUGUGGCUGAAAAGAUAAAAAUGUUCCAUGCCUUGUCUCCAGCAACCAUAGUAAAGAAUUCUCAAACUCCAAUAAUCAAAUUACUAUUCCUGCCAGAUGCUGUAUUAAAGGGUUUAUUGGGCAGAAGGGAUUUCUUCCUGAGAAAUGAGAUUUCAAGAGAAAUUGUCAUCCGCACAUGCAGCUCCAUAAUUUACAACAAACUCUGCUCCCGAAUUAUUUCAUUUUUUGGAGGUUAUAAUGAGAAGAAUCUAAAUUUGAGCCGCAUGGAUGUUUACAUGUCAUACUUUCCAGAUUCAACAUCCGUUCAAAAUAUACUUCACUGGGGACAGAGUCAGAUAAUUUCCCACCAUGGCUACCCAAGUGAAGAAUAUGAAGUCUUGACAGAGGAUGGUUAUUAUCUGACAAUAAACAGAAUUCCCUGGGGAAGAAAAAACAUUUCAGUCAUAGAUCCUACAGAGCCAAAGCGUGUUGUCUUUUUGCAACAUGGCAUAUUGGGAGAAGCCAGUCACUGGGUGCAGAACAUGGCCAACAACAGCCUUGGUUUUAUAUUUGCGGACGCAGGUUAUGAUGUUUGGCUGGGAAACAGCAGAGGAACAAGCAUGUCUCAGAGGCACCAGACUUUCUCAGUGGAUCAAGUGGAAUUUUGGAAUUUCAGUUUCCAUGAAAUGGCCAUGUAUGAUCUUCCUGCAACAAUAAAUUUUAUUUUGAAGAAAACUAAGCAGAAACAAUUAUACUACGUUGGUUAUUCUCAAGGCGCUACUAUUGGCUUCAUAGCAUUUUCAGCCAUGCCAGAACUGUCUAAAAAAAUCAGAAUGUUCCUUGCCUUAGCUCCUGUGAUCUAUGCUACAUAUGUCCCAAAUAAUCUAUUGAAAUCGUUGUCCUCAUUUCCUCAAUAUUCAUUCAAGCAAAUAUUCGGUGACAAAAAUACCCAGAAUCCUAUAAAACACUUCAUGAAGAAAUUAUGCACAAUUGCAUUUAUGCACAAAUUAUGUGCAAAGUUCAUUUUUUUUCCUGAUACUUACAACACAACAAAUCUAAACAUGAGCCGAAUUGAUGUAUAUGCAGCUCACUUUCCAGAUAUAACAUCAGUUAAAACCAUCUUACACUGGAAACAGAUUCUGGAUACAGGAUUGUUCCGCUAUUUUGAUUAUGAGGACAAAAAUCAGAUGAUAUAUAAACAGAGCUCUCCUCCUUCAUAUCAAAUAAAAGAUCUCUCGGUGCCAACAGCAGUGUGGUCUGGGGGACAAGACACAGUUGCAGACCCAAAAGAUAUAGAGCUCUUACUUUCUGGGAUUGUUAACCUGGUUUACCAUUGCUCAUGGGCAGACUGGACCCACUGGGAUUUAAUCUGGGGACUCAAUGCUCCCCAACGAAUGUUCUUCAAAAUAAUUCAGUUGAUGGAGAAGUCUGUGUAAAUCAAUACUUUGCUGUAUAUUUGCUGUAUAUUUGCAUAUACUUCUGCAAAUAAAGAUUUGGAUGAA